UUUUUUAGUCAAAAGCACAAAGCAGACGCUGACAUCCAAACUCUCAAGGAGACAAUUCGAAAAUUAGAACAGGAACUAGAGAAACUUCGCAACGAAAAUAAAACACUCGAGGCAAAAGAGGAACGUGCUCGAGAUCUGCAUAAUCAACAACUAAACCGAGCAAAUCUGCUUUCUAAGGAACUCGACGAUUCUAAGCAUGAAAUCACGGAACUCAAUGAUAAAAUCAGAGCACUUGAAGAUGAAAUCCGCGAUUUGCGCGAUAGGAUAAAGGGAGUUAAGGACACCACAAAGAGUAGAACCACCACAACAACUAUCACGAGAACGAUUCGUCAAGGACCUGGAGGCGAGACAAUCGAAGGUGAUGAGGUUACCAUACCUGGUUCAACAGAUACUGACCGUACAGUUGACCGAUACCACGAUGAUCUCCUUUCUGAUUUGCGGGUCAAGGAAAUCAAUGACAAGUGGAAGUUGCAGCUCGAGAAACUUGAAAAUGAAAAGGACGACCUGGAGCGUCGCAUCCGCGAACUGGAAGACGAGUUAGCACAAGUUGGAAGAGGAAACGAACGUCAGGAGAACGACGUGUCAGAGCUCAAGCGCAAGCAUGCUAUCGAAAUCGACAAGCUUCGUUCCGAGAUCAACUCACUUCACGAUAAGCACCUAAGCGAUCUCGACGACGAGAAGGAGCAGUACGGAAAGGCUGUUGAAAACCUCAAAGUUGUGGAGGAAGAUCUUCGCGAAAAAGUACGCAACUUGGAAAAGCAACUCGCCGACGCUCUUAAUAGAGAGGCUGACCUCGAGCGCGAGAAGCGUGACAAUGAAGCUAAAGUCAAUACUUUGACAACUCAAAACCAGAAACUACGCGAUGAUAUGGAAGACUUGCGUAACGAGAUGGACAAGGAAAUCCAAAAAUGGAAGACUGACGCGUACCAGGUGCGAUCUGAAGCCAAAGCUCUCGAGACCACCAAUACUGGUCUUAAAGCUCAGCUGCAAGCUGCCAAUGACCGUAUUGAGCAUCUGAAUAAAACUGUCAAUGACAGUACUAACAAAAUACGCGAACUGUCGUCACAAGUGCGCCAUCUUGAAGAAGAGCUCACUGACACAAAAUCCAAUCUCACACAGAAAGAAUCAGAUCUUGAAAGCACUACCAACAGGUUGGUUGAUGACGAAUAAUA